CUUAUCUAUAGUACAAUAUCUAGUAGACACGUGUGACGUUCCUCCUGAUCAACCAGACAAUAGCAAUAACACUGCAUUUCUGUACUCAGCAAUGGGGGGCCAUUCUGACCUAGUGGAAUUCUUUAUUGAGAGAAGUUGUAAUAUUUCUCAGAUUAAUUUUAAUAGUACCUCUUUAUCAUUAUUAGCUUGUUUAAGUGGAGAGUUAGCAUUAGUCCACAAGCUUGAAUCAUUAAACCUCUUCUCACCAGAUGACAUAACAAUGUCAGGGGCUGGUAUACUACAUUAUACUUGUUAUUCUAUGAAUAAUAAAAGUGUUGAGCUUUUUAAGUAUCUUUUAAAUCGAUAUCAAUUAUCCAUUGAUGUAAAGGAUAAAAAUAAUAGGACUCCACUUCAUUAUGCUUCAUGGUAUGCUUCAUCAUCAGUUGUUGAGUAUAUUGUUAGUAUUCAAGGUAAUGAAGCAUUAUUAGUUAAUGAUAAUGAUGGUUGGUCAUGUUUACAUUAUACAUGUCAUGCAGGUAUACAGAUUCCAGCUGGUAUUGUGUGUAGUAAGCUUAUGGCACAAAGUGAUGCAUCAGUUAUUGAGAUUAUUAAUAAUACUAGAAUAAAAACAAAUAUUGAUUUUAUCAAACGAAAUGAAAGAGUUAAAAUGUUUUCUUCACUUCUCAAGAAAGCUAGCACUUACCCUAACUUUAACAUCAAUGCCACUACAAAUGAUGGUAUGUCAUUACUUCAUUUAACAUCAUGGGGUGGCAGUACAUUGCUAGUGAAAGCAUUAGAAGAAUAUAAUAUCAAUUGUACUUUAGAUAAUGAUGGUAUGUCUCCAGUACAUUAUGCUGCCUGUUCAGGUUCUACUAGUGUAUUAAGUUAUAUCAUAUCUCAGUAUAAUCUCAAUGCUAAUGAUACUGAUACUAAUGGUCGUACACCAUUAGUCUACUCCUGCUGGUCAGGUAGUAUUAAUUCUGUUAAAUAUCUUAUUAAUAAUCAUAACAGUGAUCCUAAUAUCACUAGUAAGUAUGGUAUGACUUGUCUCCAUCAUUCUUGUUGUCAUGGUCAUAUUGGUAUCACUCAAUAUCUCAUUGAGGUACAGCAUUGUGAUAUUAAUAAAACAGAUAAUGAAGGACGCACGUUAGUACAUCAUGCUGCACUGAGUGGUAACUUUGAUUUAGUUGAGUAUCUUAUUACUGAACAAGGUUUUUCUCCUACUGCAGUUACUAAGAAUGGCCUCACUGCUUUACAUUAUGCCUCACUGUCUCUUAACUUACCUCUUGUUAAAGAAUUAAUAACUACCUAUCAGUUAGAUCCUCAUCAAGCUGACAGUAAUGGUAAACUACCAAUUCAUUAUGCUGCCGAAUCUGGUGAUAUUUUACUACUGGAAUUAUAUGUGAAGGAUUACAAGUGUAGUCUGAGCCUAACAGAUAAGGAUCGCUGGAAUAUAUUUCAUUAUUCAUCAUUCAAAGGUCACCUUCAUUUUAUCAAACAUGUCACCAGUCAUCAUUCUCACUCCAUCAGUUUAUUACACUCCAUUGACAAGAAGGGACACAUGCCAUUGCAUUCUGCACGUCAGAAUGAACACACUCAAUUGGUUAAAUUUCUAAUAGAAGACAUGAAGUGUGAGACUAAAGAAAACGAUGAUUGUAUGUUACUGUAACUAACAAUGGAGUGGCUCCUAU